UUUGUUACAGGUCAUACACAAAUUGAUGCCUCCUGUUGUUGCUUUUUCAUAUCCUUCAAUAAUAUCCAGCCUAAUUUCAUCCCCAUGCAGUACAUCUUCUGCUAAAACGAAUACACGUUUGUAAUGUUUCUUACAGUACCCCAUACACACCACCCCAAAAGUUUCUACACCCACUAAUCACACUACCCCCUCCCUCGUCCCCUUCUUCAAAAGGAAAACAAACAAAAGGAGCAAACAACACAAAACUUGUUUAUUGUUUAAUUUUAGUGCAAGUUAUAGACUAGACUGUCUAUUAGGGAAAUCAGCAUGAGCUGCAUUAGAACCACUUCUAGUUAGUUAUAACUACUUAAAUGUUGUUAUGGUUGCGUAGUGGCCUGUUACAUGGGCGGCUAGGGUUCAAUACUCCGACGACCCAUUUCUUUUCAGUGAAAAUGUUUGAGAUGUUAUUUUAUUUUAAUAUUUCUCGAUCAUUCUUGUCAUGCGCAUGUAAAUUUCAUUUUAAUGCAAAAUAUCAUUCUUAAUUUGUCAUUAGCGGUAAGUUUCGCCAGGUGUGUCAGCAGAUUCCUGGAGUCAGAGUCCGCAGUACAAAGUUUACUAGUCAAGGAUUAGAUAUUACAGUUAUUACUUUUUUAUUUGCAUACUAUUCGGCCCAUUGAUCGUUUAUGCUAUAAUUUAAAAUAUUUUAAAAGGCAUCAGAUGUCCAUAUUGUUUCAUUUUACCAAUAUCUCAUGAGAAUGUAUGGAUUCACAUAACGCAAAUUUAAAAGAAUAAGAUACUAAAAAUAUGACUCUGGCAGAUAUCGAACCCGCAACUACAUAAUGCAAUCAUCACGAUGUUCAUACUUGCCUGUGCUAUCACGGCUAUUUGGACAGUAUAUAUUUAUAUAUGGGCCUUUACAUGGGAAAACCUGUAUAAGUGACAAAAAUUGAAAAUUGAGAUAACAAAAUAUUCAUAAAAAACAUUCUUUAACCUUUCAAAUAUGAAAAUUUGAAGUAAUUGCCUAAUAGUGACUAAUGUCUAAUAGUGACAGCUCUUGUUUAUAUAUAUAUUUGUGUUGCUUCUUGUAAAACUUACUGAAUUAUACUGAUUUUUAAACAUUACCUAAAAUAACCGUUCCGUUAUCUGAAGUGCAAAUCAAUCGCUGACCUCAAAACCGAAUAUUUUAUAUCUAUUAGCGAUAUUGUCUGGUUUACCUGCCUUCUUACGUACUUAAUGCGUUUCUUGUUUAAAUAUAGAUUGUUUUUUCCUAACUCGUACUACUUUUAGAUAAACAUUCAUGACUGAUGUACAUUUGGGAAAUGAUUUCAGGCGUGUGUGUUUUAAUUAAUUAAUUUAUUAUCUACUUGAAUAAUAUUUUCAGUAGUUUAUUUUCCAAGUGACUAGAUAUAAGAGAAAAAAAUAGAAAAAUAUGACAUACGAUAUGAAUUUGUACGGUAUUUAAAUAGACAAUCAAUGGAAAUUCUUACGCCAAAACGACGAUGAGUUCGGGUGUUUCGACAUAUCAGUGUCCGUCCUGGGAAGUCUAUCCUAGGCUACAUUAUUUCUACGGACGAUACACAGAUCUUUUGACAAGAUGUAAAAGAGUAACAGGGUUGCUUCCGAAAUGUUUCCAUAACGACAGAGUGAUUUCGGAACUCGAUGAAAUACGGGAUUGUUUCGAAAGUGGUGUUAGACUGAAUGUGAUCGGAACUGAAAUUUCUUUAAAUGAUUUAGUUUUCUCCACACCAGAAGAAUACAUUGCAAAGGGAUCUCCGAAAGUUGCUGUCUUCAUAUGUCACACUAUCGUUCAAAACCUAGAUCUAGAAGGACUGGAGAAUAUAAAUGUUUUAGCCAAACAACUAACAGAAGACUUCUCAUUGAGAUCAGUCAAUGAAAAUGUCACAAUCAUAUCAUGUGGAAUCGAGAACAAACAUUCUAAAGAAAAGAUUGAAAACUUUAGGUCAGCAAUAUUUGCAACUAUUCAAGAAAGUGGACUGACAGUUAAGCGUAAAAAUAUCUUGCUUGGAUCUGAGGUAAACUGUCUCAAAAGCAAGACCUCGGAGGAAUUGGAAGAGAAGAUCGUGGUGGGAUUUCACAAAAUAAAUACAUAUUUGGACAAUUUUGAUGUGGCAGGCAAAGACAUCCCAUCAGACGCAAUUAACAUUUUGGAGACUGAGAUGGUUAGGAAAGCAAUCCAUGGAUUUUUGCGCAAUCCUUAUAACGUUAGAGAGAUAGAAUGUAUAACUGGAAAGGAAGACAUUGACAAAUUUGUUGAGUUAGCCAUUUCCCGUUUGUCUCGCGUUGUAAAAUGUGCAGCGGUUGGUCCGUUAGCAGAGAAACACAAUCUUCAGCCUUGGGUCUGUAACGAACUGUUGCAUACAAUUGAGUUCGAGGAGGCUAUAUGUAAAUCUGUUUCGAAAAACGUACGCCAUCACUUGAAAAAGCUCAAAGAUGCCGGACAGACUACCGAUGAAAGAAAAUUCAACAAAUUUGAUUUUCUCCUGUAUCCCCUCCAGACCGAUAUGAAACCAGUUUUCGAAAGAACAGAAGAGAAACUAUCAUCUAUGACUCGUCUAUCAAUGAUAAUAAGAAGAUUGAUCUUUGAGACCAAUGGGUAUUUGAAACAAACGAUUGUAGAUUCGGGACAUCAUUCGGAAAAAGAAAUUAUUUCGAGAUAUAUCUCAGAGAGGCUGCGGAGGGACAUUUUGAACCUUAGAGGUGUUUAUGGCCUUGGAACUAUGUACGGGAAACUUGAAAUUCACCUCAGUGACACCCGAAAAAACUCACUGCCAGCAGAGAAACAGUCGGCGUCAGUCCCAAUGAAAUAUCAAAAAGUACAAAGCUUUGACACCACAGGUCACGACCAACAUAGAAGGAAAAGAACAAAGAAAAAACAAAAGGCAUCUAGCGGUAAACAUGAAACACCUAAAGAACCAAACACCCACUUUCGAGAAAGAAAAAUUGAUACAGAUGAAACAGAAACCCCACCAGGAGUUAAUGAACCAUUGGAAAAUAUUCCAGAAUUGAGAUCGCAAAUAGCUACAUUGCUGCAGAAACACAAUUUCCACCAUCCAUAUACUGUUAGAUAUAUCCAAAGUGAGCCAAAACAAAUGUUCUUCUCUUUCGAACCAGGUAAUACUUUAUUAGGCCAAACCGGACCGUCAGAAUGCAAUAUUGGCACUGUCGGUGCAUAUGCUGAGUCAAAGGAUGGAAAACUUUAUGGGUUAACUAGUGCACACGUGGUCGUAGGAAGUCGAAGAGCAUUUAUAUUUAAGGAAGGAGGGAAAAAUCCUUUCAGCAUUCAUAAGUAUGUGGUCACAGGCGGCCAAGAUGAAUGCAGCCUUAUUGAUAUCGCCGCCUUACAGCUUAUUCCGGUUUUGCAGGAAGAAUAUAAAAAGUCGCUUGAAAGCAGCCACGAGCGCGUGGCAAAGGCGGAAUUAGCAAUGGAGUCUCCGGAAAAUUUAGUAGGACUAUUCGUUCAUAAAUAUGGAUCAUCGACUGGCCUUACUCAUGGAGUUAUAAUGACGGUGGACUAUAGUAAACUUGGACCAAAAGCUGAUGAUUAUAUAGUGAUAGUAGAUCCUUUAGCAGGUAAUACUCAAAAUGAACUUCAGUGCUUUGUUGGAGAAUUUGGGUCAUUAUUAGAGCCUUCUCAACAGGGUGAAAGCAGCGUACGAUCUAAUGAGAGAACUGAUACUGAAAACCGAAAUAAUUCGUGCAAUUUAAAUCUGAAGAGAAGAGAGUUUAAUAUUGAACAAAUAGUAAGUACAUCAGAAACGCAUGACUUAGAUAAAGAUUUGUCUCCGAACGUUUCGACAGUCGAAAAGGAGUCUGUUGUUGACACAGUCUUGAAGCAGAAUCGUAGCAUAAACACUUUGCGCGAAAAGGACUUAAAUGUGAAACACCCAGGCUCCACAAAAACUUGUACAAGUAGCCUGUUGUAUGUUAGAGACAUCAAUGAAACAAAUAAUGCCUUACGCCAAGGAAGCAGAAGUUGUAGACUAAGUGUAUUUGCUGAAAAGGGUGAUAGUGGUUCAGUCAUUUGUACGCGAAACCUUUCACAUCACGGGCCUAAGUAUUUAGCUGUUUCGAUGCUAUCCGGAGGGGACUUUGAAAUAGGUGGACAUGUUGGUAAAAAAUCCGUGUCUUUCAUGUUGAAAGAAGGAUUUAAAAAGUUGCAUGCAUACCAUGAAAUAGAGUUUUGACGUCUUGAAAUUAGAAAUUCUUGGAAUUUGAAAAGUCCGUAAUAUUAUGUAAAAUUGAUAGUAGAAUUCCAGCAUAUCAAUAACAACUAAGUAAGAAACCUCCUAUGGUACCAAUAUACGCGACUUCUAUUCUCAGAAGCUUUAUCCGCAAUAAAACAUGCUUGUAAUAUUUCUCUGAUAACACUUACAAUACAAUAUUUUUCCUUUACAAGAUUGUAAAUAUUUUGCACAGUAUAACUGUUUUGUACUUUCAAUAAAUAUUGUAAGUGUAACUACUUGGACUUUGCUGCUUACUGUUGACAAAAUAUGCUAGCAAUUUAACAGUCUUCAGGUCAAACAACCAUAAUAGGUAUGACUGUAAACAUGUUUUGCAGAUACUAAUAAUUCUAGUACUCUUAAACUUCAAGCGACUGGGGUGUCCAGAAUAUUGUUAUUUGUACAAAAUAUAGCUAUACACGUUCGUAACGAAUACAUUUACUUGUAGCAAUACUUACAAUCACUUAUUUAAACGAUCUGUAGCUUUCAACAACGUGAAACUGUUUACUAUUCGUAGACAUACAUGUAGUUGCACAUCUGCGUUUUCUAGAGCCGCCAUCAUGAAAAUAAACACAUGAUGACAUGUGCAUACAGAUCCAUUUACAAAUUUUGCGAUUCAUAGAGCUCAUCAUUAUUUAGUUACAUUACUUGCUGUAGAUUAAACGGAUAAAUGAUGAUGAUAAGAUCGGGCUUAUAUGGGAGGCACCAUUCUUAACAUGCUGUUUACAAAACAUUGUCAAAACAUUUUUCUUUAUAGAAUCCUGGUCAAGUUUGAAGCUGGAUUAUUUUAUGUCAACAACAAGGUCCUUUCAGCUCGAUUGUGAUUAAAGUUUCAGGCUAAUUUGAACAUUCUCCUGGAAAAUCUAGCACGAGUGUCAUAUGAGAAGACGUGGUCAAUACCCCAGUGUAGUUCGGACCCACGACCCCACCGGUUUAGUGGUUGACAUCUUUACCACUAGACCAUCGCGCCCCACAGUUUUAUUUUUAACACUUCAAAUGUCAUAAUCAGUGUCCAGUCUUAGUUAAAAGUGGCCAUAAUGUCUUGACUAAAUACCAUCUCAUACAAGUUAAAUGCUGGGUCGUCUCAUGUCAAAGAUUACGUUUCUUAGUUAAAUCUUAUAAAAAGACCCUAUUUAACAAUGUACAGACUAAGUUGAUCUACCUUGUCUACAUGAAAAUUAGCCAGAAUCUUUAUCCAGUAUAUUAGAGAAAGACAAAACUUUACUACCUGAACUUUAUCCAGUAUGCUGAAUGAUAGAAGACAGUAGUUAACACAUUGUGUGCCACAUUUCUUCCUACGACUAACGUGGUCGUCAUAACGUGCAUGUCAAUUGCGAAAAUAACCUAUCUGAAUUCAAAAUUCGUUCAGCUGUUCACCUUCCGCUGCUUUUUAACUUUACAGUCAAACAAAUAGUUUAAACUAUAAUGCAAUGUUCUUUUAUAACAUUUGUUGUCCAGUUUGGAAAAGAAUUUUGUAACACGCCCGAUUGUGUUCAUAAUUUUUGUGAAUGAAAAUUCUGGUAUAAUAUAUAUAUAUAUAUAUAUAUAUAUAUAUAUAUAUAUAUAUAUAAUGACGUCGGGCAGUACUUGCUGUCUCGUAGAGUUGGUCAUCCUUGAUAUAAUAAUAUAAUGUUUAUUAUACUAAAAUGAACGUUUUUUCUUCUUUCCAUAUCAAAUAUAUAGUAAAUGUAAAAACUAGAUAUUAAAGUAUUUAAUUUACGAUGACAGCAGUUCCUUUCUUUAUUCGAUAACAUCUUUAUCAGUCUAUAUAACAACGCGUUUUCGCGCCACUUUUUGAAUUAUUAUUGUGGACGUGUCACUCUCUCAUACAAAAUUAUUCCCAUCUAUCUACCCCUCAAUUUAACUCCAUACUCCGUACGUUUAGAAAAAGGGACCCGCUUAUAUAUUCUUUCUUUAUGUUGUUAUGAGCGAUUGUCUCUAUUACUGACAAGCUUGAUGCAUUUUUGUUGACUGUUGAUUUGUUUUAUCAUAACUACAUGUUAAACGACAAAUUUUAUUUUUUUCUAAUUUUGCUAGAGUUCAUGGUUUUUAUAAUAUAUUUUUUUCACAUUAUGUCAUUAAUUCUUGCUCUUCUGAUAUUACUUUGUCAUUUAUAUUGUGAUAUGUUGAUUGUUGAUAAGACUUUAUUGUAAGGUGUCGUUAAUUUUAAAAGGCGUUAAUUUAAAGAUACUACCUGAUUCAUUGACAGAAUAGAUAUAAUGUUGAUGCUUAAAAGAUGAGAAACAUUAUCAGUGAUAUACAUGUGAUUAAUGAUGGUUUCUAUAUAAACGAGGAGUGUGAUAUAGUGUAGUGUCAAUUUGAUAGUGGCAUUACAAUGACAUAUUCAAGAUACGUAAUGCGUAAAACAUUAUCUUGAUGUAUGCGAGUUUUGUUGUCAUAUUCAUGGAUGUGUUUGUUUCAUAUUUAAUGAUUGACACUGUGAACUUGAGUUUAAUAUAAUCAGUUUUGACAUGCUAUUAAUUCAUUAAAUCUAUGUACGACUUACUAUCUCAUACGUAGGGGUAAGUAUCUCCUACGUAGGAGUUAGUAUCUCCUACGUGGGAGUUAGUAUCUCCUACGUAGAACAUAGUAUCUCCUACGUAGGAGUUAGUAUCUCCUACGUAAGAUUUAGUAUCUCCUACGUGGGAGUUAGUAUCUCCUACGUAGGACAUAGUAUCUCCUAUGUAGGGCUUAGUAUCUCCUACGUAGGACUUAGUAUCUCCUACAUGGGACAUAUUAUCUCCUACAUAGGACAUAAUAUCUCCUACGUAGGAGAUAUUAAGUACUACGCAGGAGUUAAUAGCUCCUACCUAGGACUUAGUAUCUCCUACGUAAUACUUAAUAUCUCCUACGUAGGACAUAGUAUCUGCUACGUAGGACUUAGUAUCUCCUGCGUAGGAGUUAGUAUCUCCUACGUAGGACAUAGCAUCUCCUACAUAGGACUUAGUAACUCAUACGUAAGGGUUCCUAUUUUGCGGCGCUGCAACGUUCUGUGGUCCUACUUGCGUUUUCGGUACAUGUAUUAAUUGAACAUUGCUGGUUGACUUUUUAAUUGCGUGCUGAUAAAAGGCAUUUAUUACAAUAUUUAAUUUAUUUUCUAAACUAUUUAUAUUCUUGUAUUUUAUGUGUUGUCUCGAGAAGGGGCUUAAAUAAAUAACUUUCCAUCAUCGAA